AUGUCAACUGGAUUCCUGUAAUUAAAUUUCCUCUGUCCGUACCCUGUCUCCAACCAUUUCAUAUAUAAAUCCUACCCCCACAAAGGAAUUUUGCUAUAUACUAGUUGGAACUGAGAUACAGAUAAAGACAGAGGGAAAGAGAGAGAGAGAGAGAGAGAGAGAGCUCAAGACACAAAUUAAGAAGAGGAACAGCAAAAGGGCCGGUGAAGAGUACAAUUCAUCAAAACAUUCACAACUUAGCCACAUAUAUUGUACUAGGUUGGAAGUCUCUUGAUUAUCUGUCCAUGGCAGAGGAAUUUCAGACCGGGGUUUGCGGGGGAAACUGGUGGAUGAAUUCAUCGAGAAGCGUGUUCACGGGGACUACAUCCCCGUGUUCCUUGGCGCUUGGUGAAACCGGAGGAGGAGGAGGUUAUGCUGCUGCUUGGCCGGAUAUGGUGGACAUGAAGGGAUCAAGGUCUUGUGAGGAUUCGGUUUCUGAUCAUCAUGGCUCCUUAGUUUUCACAGAUGUGCAGAAGCCUCCUCAGCUGCCUCAUCCUGAUUCUUCCAGUGGCAGCAGCAGCAUCUUGAUUGAUUCUACCUUGCAAAUGAUGGGUUUUGGUUUUCCACCAUCAUCAACAACAUCGGACUUGAACCAAGCUUUGCUUCGUGGUGGUACUGGAAGAACGGAGAGCAAUUACAAUUCCAUGCUUCAAGAAGAUUUGAAUUCAAGGUUGAAUUACCAACAAGAAAGAUCAUCAGGAGUAGAUCAUAAUUCUCAAAUCCAUAAGAAUUGGAGCCCCACCAAGAACUUCUCCAAUAAUGGAAGUGAAGAUUUAUCUAUCACUUCUUUCAAGUCUUUAAAUCAAGACUUUCCUCUGGUCGACACUGUCAUCAGUACUAGCUCCGCCGGCUUUCCUGUGGGUUCAGUUUCUUAUGGAUACCCUUCAACAUUGGUACAAAGUUUAUUUGAUUCUGAUUCUCAAUCACAGCAAUCUUUAUUCAACAACAAUCGUUCCAUCAUGAGCUAUUCAUCCACUGCUAAUAAUUAUGGGACAAACUCCAAUGAAUUAUCACCUUCUUCUUGGACAAAGUUCUCAGCUCCGUUUUAUCCAAAGCAGCAACCUUGUGGCCUGCACUUCUCUAACAAAACACCCUUUUGGAAUGCCUCCACGGAGGCUCUGACUGACAAUAAUAUUCGACCCGGCCUUCAUCCUUCAUCACAGUCACAGUAUCUAGUGCCAACAUUUGAAGAGAAACCCAAGUGCUCCAACCUCCCCACAAAGCCCAACAUGGAAGAUGUCCAGGACUCCGUCUCAGUGGUGAAGAAAAGUAGCAGUAGUCCUGAACCAGUAUUCAAAAGGCCCAGAAUUGAAACCCCAUCACCGUUACCAACUUUUAAGGUUCGGAAAGAGAAGCUAGGGGACCGAAUAACUGCACUCCAGCAAUUGGUUUCACCUUUCGGAAAGACUGAUACAGCCUCCGUUCUCCAUGAAGCUAUUGAGUACAUCAAGUUCCUUCAUGAUCAAGUCAGUGUUUUAAGUACUCCAUAUAUGAAAAAUGGAACUCCAAUUGAUCAACAGUACCAACAGGGUUCUGAUAAACUGAAGGACAGUACUACUGAAGGCCCAAAACAAGAUCUAAGAAGCCGAGGCCUCUGUUUGGUUCCAAUCUCAAGCACAUAUCCAGUUGCGAACGAGACAACAGCUGAUUUUUGGACGCCUACUUUUGGAGGAACAUUCAGGUAGAGAACAGAUUAAUGAAGCUAAAGAUGUUCUACAUACCAAACUGCAAGUAGUAUAUUGUCAUCAACGGCCAAAUUAGAAAUGAUAACUUCAGUUUAGAAAGAGGAAUGAAAACUGGAAUACACAGAAUUAAGCCACAAUUUCUGUAGUACUGUACCAGUCAUGAGGAAAAGUUAAAGAAACAGAGAAAAGGACUGAAGGAAAGGACUCGGCCUGGGCCAGCUGCAAGCAGAAUGUAGGCUAGCAAAUGAUUAGAGGCCUGUGUAAGAGAAUAUUAUAGUUGCUAAUUUAGUGACCCAAAUAUCGAUUAAUUUGAGUUAGAGGUGGUUCAUUAGGAGCAGGAACAGCUGCUAAAUUCAGUGGAAGUUGACACUAGUUUAUAGAAAAUUUGUUGUUGUUGUUGUUGUUGUUGAUAAUAGCUGAAUUUAGCAGGAGGGGGAUGGAUAAAGAGCCUUUUGUUCCUGUUGAUGUAUGUCUAAUUAAUAGAGCUGGCACCACCUUUUAUUUUACAUAAAGGAAGCAUAAAAAGAGAUAAAGAAAUAAAUCAAGACAUUAUUGUAUUAAUUCUUAUUCAAGAAUGGGAAUGAGUGGAGCUUGUUUGAUUGGGAUUUC